UACCAUCAAACUAGACUUUCCAGAACCACGUGGCCGGUACGUUAUCUAACUGAUUGCUAGCUUGCUAAUUAGUAAUUGGGCAUCUUUGAGAUCUUUGUUCCUUUUUUCUCACUCUCAAACGAUUCCAUGGUUUCAAAGAUGAGGGCAAUGCGUUUCACUCUUGUUUUCCCUCUAUUUUUCUUGCUUGUGUGUCUCCCUCCGAGUGACCGGUGCUGGUUCUCGGCGGCGGCGGAGAGCGCGGCAGUUCCGGUGAACGUCGGAGUGGUUCUUGAUAUGGAUGAUGCGGUGGGCGAGAUGGGUUUGAGCUGCAUCUCCAUGGCUCUCUCUGAUUUCUAUUCCUCUCAUAGCCAUUACAAAACCAGGCUGCAACUCAACAUCAGAGAUUCCAAGGAUAGCGUCGUUGGCGCAGCUGCAGCAAGCCUGGACCUUCUGAAAAAUGUACAAGUUCAAGCCAUCAUUGGGCCAGUGACAUCCAUGCAAUCAACCUUCGUAAUAAAUCUAGGAAACGAAGCUCAUGUCCCCAUUAUUUCAUUCUCUGCAACAAGCCCUUCCCUUUCUUCCAUUCCUGGUGACUACUUUAUCCGAGCCACUCUAGAUGACACUGCACAAUUAGGAGCCGUAGUCGAUCUGAUCCGGGCCUUUCAAUGGAGCCAAGUUGUGAUCAUUUCCAUGGAUAAUGAGUAUGGAAAAGGCGUUAUCCUGGCGAUGACCAAUGCCUUGGAAGAGAAGACCAUUCAUGUUCUCCUUCAAAGCAGAAUCCACCCGCUUGCUAGAGAUCAACAAAUUGUUUCAGAGCUUAAGAGGUUGAAGGAGAUGAAGAAUAGGGUUUUUAUAGUGCAUAUGUUUCCUGAUCUUGCCUCUCGGCUAUUUGUCAAGGCAGAAGAGAUCGGCAUGAUGAGCGAGGGAUACGUUUGGAUCAUAACCGAUGGCAUAGCCAAUUCUUUGAAUUUGAUUGAUCAAAGGGUCAUUAACUCAAUGCAAGGGGUGCUUGGUGUAAGGCCACAUGUCCCAAGCAUCAAAAGGCUUGAAGAUUUCAUUAGUCGUUGGAAGCAAAACUACCGAGGGGAGAAAUUUGUGGACUCUGAUAUAAACAUCUUUGGUUUUUGGGCUUAUGACGCCGCCACUGCACUGGCAAUGGCAGUUGAGAAAGUCGGGCCGGUGGACUUGGCUUUCCAAAAACCCGACCUCAGUUUAAAUUCAACUGACCUCGAAACUAUUGGAAUCUCUCAAAGGGGUAAGGAUCUUUGCGAAGCUCUAUCCAGUGUUAGAUUCAGAGGCCUAAGUGGAGAUUUCCAUCUUGUCAACGGGCAACUGAGUAAUCAAUCGUCUGCUUUUGAGUAUGUAAAUGUGAUUGGAACUGGCCAAAGGGAGAGAACAAUUGGAUUUUGGACACAGGAGAGUGGAAUUACAAGGAAACUGGAGGGGAAUCACUCUACAUCCAAGGCCAAUUUUAGAGCAAUUAUAUGGCCAGGUGAUACCGUGGAAGAUCCGCAAGAUCUGGUGCCUAUAAACCAUGGUAAUGCGCAUGCACUGAGAAUUGCAGUCCCCGUGAAGGAUGGUGUCAGUGACUUUGUAAUGGUGGCCAAAGACCCAAACACUAACAGAAUUACUCGCUCUGGGUUCAGCAUUAUGGUCUUUGAAGCUGCAAUGGCAGAAUUGCCUCAUAAGGUUUCUUUUAAUUAUGUGGAUGUGCCCUUUAAAACUGAUGGAAAGAGUGUUGGUGGUAUGGAUGCCUUGUUGCAUGGAGUUGUUAAUGGGAAUUAUGAUGCUGCCGUUGCAGAUAUUACGAUUACAGUGAACAGGUCCCUUUAUGUGGAAUUUACACUGCCCUACACUGAAUCCGGGAUAAAAAUGAUUGUGCCUUUCAAAGACAAGAAGUACAAGAACGCAUGGGUGUUCUUGAAGCCACUGACUUGGGACCUCUGGGUUGCAAGCGUUUGUUUCUUCGUCUUCAUUGGGUUUGUGAUUUGGAUUCUUGAACAUCAAAUCAAUGAAGAUUUCAACGGCCCUAGCCUCCGUCAAGUCGGCACCAGCUUCUGGUUCUCCUUCUCCGCAAUGACGAUUGCUCACAAAGAGAAAUUGGUUAGUAACUUGGCUAGGUUUGUGGUGAUGGUGUGGUGCUUGGUGGUGGUGAUUCUGAUCCAAAGCUACACAGCCAGCUUGACAUCCAUGCUUACAGUUCAGCAGCUCGAGCCUACUGUCUCCAACUAUCGAGAUCUCAUACUCCACAACAAAACUGUGGGCUACCCAAAGGGCUCAUUCGUUAAGGAGCGCUUGAAACAGAUGAGCUUCAGUGAUUCUCAGCUUCUGAUGUACAAGUCCAUGGAAGACUUGUUUACUGCUUUUCAAAACCGUAGUAUUGACGCUGCUUUUGAUGAAAUCCCUUACCUCAAUCCGUUUGUCGAAAGGCACUGCUCUAAGUACACCAUGGUUGGCUCAACUUUCAAGACCGCCGGCGGCUUUGGCUUCGCAUUCCCAAAAGGGUCCCGUUUGGCGUCUGAUGUAUCAACAGCAAUCAUGAAGCUGAUGGAAGAAGGGAAAAUGAUGAAGAUCGAAUCAGCAGCAUGGCCGAAGCUAAAAGACUGCCCAGACUCAAUGGUGUCUUCCAGCAGCCUAACAUUUGGUAGCUUUUGGGGGCUCUUCACCAUAGUAGGAGUGGCAUCUUCGUUUGCUCUCCUUAUAUUUGUGGCAAUGCUAAUGUACGAGCAUAGGGGCCGUCUUCUUAAGCUUGGAAAUGGGAGCUUUGUGGAGGAAGGAGAGCGAGCACGAUGAAGGAGAAGAAGGAAGAAAUGGCACUGAUCCUCGACCGAGGGAAUCUCCGGCGAGCAUUCAGCUGGCGGCGUCGCCAAAUACUUUUGGGCCUCAGCCGCCCAGCCGAACAAGUGUUUCAGAAGAGGAAGAAUAUCACCCAGCUUCUGAAUUCCUUUUUGUAGCUGCCACAGCCACUGAAGGGAGUGGUAAUCAAGAUGAAGCCACAAUGAUAAAUCGUCGACUAUCGCACUAAUUAGAACAAGUAUGUAAAUUGAAUUUUGGUAACCCUAAUUAAUUGAAUCAUAGGUGAUUUAUUUAUUUAAUUCCUAACUUGUAACAGCUUUCUCAGUCAGUCCAUUUAACUCUUAUAAGUAUCAUAUGUAAAUUGGAAUUGUAUCAUAUAUAUGUAUAUAUAUAUAGAGAGAGAGAAUAUA